AUGCCGUCUAGGCAACUCUACUGUUGGUCACUUGCCCAGAGAAAUUUCCAGAGCAACACGCUCUGGAAGGAGCGGGUUGUUUGUGCUAAAGUCAUCGACAAGAACCACAGAAGAUCUCCCCUAGUGCAAGGAGGAUUGGAAAUUCCUGUACAAGUUACAGCUGAGAUGGAUCUUACCGAAAGGAACAAGGCAAUACUUGAAAAGUAUAAACAGAUUGUCGUUUCAAUUUACAAAGAACCCGGGAUAGAUGGCCAUUUCGAUGACCGUACAAAAGAGGUGCUGAAAUUACUUGAAGAUGACGGUAGUGAUACUGAUGAAGAGGUUCAAAGCAACACAGAUAGUGAAAUUUGA